AUGGAACUCAACCGAGAACAUUUUCCCGCCAUAAUUUAUUGCAACUUUCAGAGACAAUUAUUGCAACAAGAAUGCCUUGCUGAGUUACUGUCUGUUUUCGGCACCGAAGCGCCACAUCAGUCGACAAUUUCCCGUUGUAUUGAGAAUUCAAACGUGGAAAACGUCGAUGCUGUGCGCAAACUCAUCAUUGAAGAUAGACAUGUGACAUAUCCCGAGAUUGUGACCUCAAUUCAAAAAAUUGUACAUGAAGAAUUAGGAGUAAGAAAAUUACAGAAAGCAGCCAGGGUAAAUUGGUGUCAAAAAAUGCGUUUCAAUUCCGGAAACUCAAACAAUUUGCACAGCAUUGUUAGUGGUGAUGAAUCGUGGAUUUACUGUUAUGAACCAGAAAAUAAAUGGCAGUCGGCUGUUUGGGUGUUCCAAGGUGAAGAAAAGCCAACAAAAGUCAUCCGUUCUCGAAGUGUUUCGAAAAAGAUGGUCGCGACAUUUGUGUCAAAAGCGGGUCAUAUUGCAACAAUUCCUCUUAAUGAGCAAAGAACUGUUACUGCGGAUUGGUAUACCACCAUUUGUUUGCCAAAAGUCAUCACCGAGCUUCGAAAAAUCAACCCCGAAAGAAUCAUCCUCCACCAAGACAAUGCAAGCUCGCACACAGCCCAAAAAACAAGACAGUAUUUAACGGAAGAAAACGUGGAAUUAUUGGACCAUCCCCCAUAUAGUCCCGAUCUAAGUCCUAAGGAUUUCUUUGCUUUCCCGAAAAUUAAAAACAGACUGCGUGGUCAAAGGUUCCAGUCACCAGAAGAAGCAGUUGACGCAUUAAAAAAUGCCGUUUUGUGUCUGCCAGCAAACGAGUGGAAUAAGUGCUUUGAAAAUUGGUUCGAGCGCAUGCAGAUACAUGCGUCUAUGAUAGCAGAUCAGUGUGAACAAUACCUCACAUUCAUUCUAAAUAAUUUAAGUGAGUAA